AUGUGUGAAUCAUUACGUCUCAUAAAUCUAAUGGGUGAAUGCUUGAGUUCCUUAACUAUUAAGGAGUUGAAGCAAGUGGAGAAUCGACUUGAAAGAGGCAUCUCAAGGAUUAGAUCGAAAAAGGUAAAAUUUACUGCUUCUACAACGAAUCUACUACUUGCUGAUAUUGAGUUCUUGCAGAAAAAGGAGAAAGAGCUUGACCAUGAAAACUCAUUUCUCCGAGCUAAGAUUGCUGAAGUUGAUAGGCUCCAACAGCUAAACAUGCUGCCAAACGACAAUUUGGAUUUAGUCCACCCUUUUCUGCAGCGAGAUCCUCUACUUACAGAAAACAUGCUACAGGAUUGCUCCGAAUUUACUGAUGCUGACAAAAAAAUACUUCACCUUAGGUGAAUAAAAUGGAACUUGACGCCGUGGAGCAUGAAGUAGCAACAGGAUCUGCUCUCCCAAAUUUGUCUCUGUUUACAAAUAGGCUCUUUUUCGGCCAAAAAUAAGUAUCUUCUUCAACAUCAAUAGGAUUAAUAAUUGUCGUACUUGGUUAAUUAGCUAAAAUUUGCCCCUGAAAUUAAAUAUAUCAGUUGUGCAAUGAACAUACAGCUGCCACUACAAAACAAUUUAACUAUAGAUUAUUCCUGAGCACAAAAUCGGCUCGCCCGAUUAACCAACCAUUCACAGUGCUAUUGUUGAAUUAAUCUGUUUAAAACAAUCAUUUAAACUACAAAACCACACAAACAUUAAUUUUUUUCAACUCAAGAUCUACUCGUUGCAAGCUCGUAAUGAACUUAGAUGUCAUUGUUGUCACUAGCUGACUUAGAUCCCGCAAAAAAAAGGUCCGAAAACAUAAAAAAAAAAAAAAAUAGGAACUAGAAAAUAGGUCAAUAAAGACAAGACACUAACACAGAAGUUAUAUAGGGGAGGAAGCAAUAAAUAUGACAAAAGCAUAAACCAGAGGACGACCAAACUACAUGACCUCUCCCGGCAUUGAACAGCACCACUAAAUCACUUGAAGCAUUUGGCGUCCAGUAGAG